AUGCGGCCUCUGCCUAGCUUCCUGCUUCUAUGCGCGAGCUACGGCGGGACCGCUAUCGAGUAUGGCUUAUCCUCCGGCCAGUCUGGCCUCGACUAUUGCAUCGCCGAGGCCGACACCACCAGCGACAUGACAGCAUCGACCACCAUGGCAGCUCCAACGUGCGGUGCGGAGGCGAGGCGAGUCGAGACGGCGAAACGCGAGGCGGCUGCGCGCGACGGGGCGACGGGGCGGGCAGCUCCACGGCAGACGGCGGCGCCAGCAGAGGCACUGCGGCCGUCAGAUGAGAAGCCGGAGGUGGCGGAGCGGCUGUCCGUCGCUGAGUCGCUCACUCACGAGGCGGAGGUUGCAGCUGCUGCGCGUGUGGCGGAGGCUGAGGAGGCAGUUGAGGCCCGGGCGGUGGCGGGGACUAGGGAUGGAGGAGCGGAUGCGGGACGACUAGCGGCCACUGCUAUGGCAACGGAGGCAGCUGUCGCGGUGGCGAGGGCCUUGGAGGCUGCGUCGGCGCUGAGGGCGGCCGCAGCGUCGUCAGCCGCGGCGAGGGAGGAGGCGGAGGCAGCGCAUGCGGCUGCACUGCGCGAGGCUCGGGCGCCGGAGCGGCCUGCAGCUCCCCUGCCGUUCAGGCUGCGGCGCAUCUGCGAUGCGCUCGGGUUGGAACCGGGGCCAAACUUGCCCGCGACGGUACGGAAUGCGGCAGCGGUGCUGGGCAUCACCCCCGUCGGGUCGGGUUUGUUGGGCAAGGACACGCCGUACGCGCGCUUCGGCUCCGAGGUCGCCAUGCGCUUCCUGUCGCCCGACAGCCCGGCGUCGCAGCGCAGCCUCGAGCAGUUUGCAGACUACCUCUCGCAGGAGUGGUACCGGCCGCUGGUCGAGUGGAGCGAGAUGCGGUGGGACGGCGACCUCGUCCUCCUCGGCAACGGCGCCGAGGCCUACCAGCAGGCGGGGGUGCGCUCCUCUCCGACAGCAGCGUGGGUCAGCAUCCGGUGGAUCCUCGCCCGGGUCCUUGCCGAGGGAGGGCACGAGGAGUGGCGUGUGGCGACGGUCUUCGUGCAGGAGCCCGACUCGACGCAGAGCGACGACCUUGAGGCGGCCGCCCUCGCGCUGCCCGCCGAGGCUGCCGCCGCGAUCAGCCGCUGGCGGAAGCGGCAGAUGGCAGAGCCGCGCGCCUGA